AUGGCCACAGCAAAUAUGAUUGCAAUUCAUAGUAAGGUAGCAGAGAUCCACCGUGGACCGAUCUGCAGAGAGAAGCUAAACGGAAUGUUGGACGAAUUCUCUAUCCCGAGAUGCUUGUACCUCGGGAUAGAACAAAUCCAGGAGUUCGGGUUCAACCGGACCACAGGCUUCUACUGGAUAAAGCAGGAGAAGAAAACGGAGCGCAAGGUGGAUAAGGUCGGGACUACGUACUUUGACACGCAACUCACCGCAUUCAUCGCGCCACGUCGCGUGUCAAAGAUCACGGGAGUGAAGGGCAAGGAGAUCUUCCUCUCACUCGCAGUUGCUGAAAUACUUGUGGGAGUCCCGGAAAGUGAUAAAGUUAAGUUUGUUAGUACUACUGGUAUUUACAGAGUCCACUCUAUCGCGACCUUUGAACCUACUGUUGUCGGAAUCAAGACAAAAUAG